CCCACGAAAAAACUUUAGUGGGCCACCUUCGCAACCAUAUUUUCUGGGGUGAGCUGUGUGUCUACGAUCUAAAAUCUCCAGUUUUCCCACUUUUGAAUAAAAAUUUUGAUUAUUUAAUGUUUUGAUCGAAACUGUUUAUUUAUCAUUAUUUCAUUGUUUCAUUGCUAUAAAGAAAUGUCUGGUUCAAGAGUUGUGUUAGGAUUGUUAAUAGGUCUUGCCGUACCUCCUAUAUUAACUACCUUUGUUAUACUUCCUAAUUUUAGACUACGUACACGUAAUGAAAUACAUAACAUCAGACAUGAGAUAGAAUACUUAGGUUGGAAUGUUAGACAUUUACAGGAAGAAAGAGGUUAUAAAGAAGAUCAAAUGUACUCCCCAGAUAGCUAUUAUCAAUCACGUUACUGAGUUUGCGUGGGUGAGGUGAUGCGUUUACAUUUGCGCUUGC